CUCCAAUGUUAAGGACUUGUUCGGGAAUUAAGGAAAAGGAAAAGAUUGAGGAAUUUGUGUCUGAAAUUGGAAACAUGAAAGGGACAAUCUUGGAGGCUGAGGAUGUUGCAGAAGCAGCAUUAUACCUUGCCAGUGAUGAAUCAAAGUACAUGAGGGGGACUAACCUUGUGAUUGAUGGUGGAUAUAUUACUGCUAAUAUUGCUGUCAAACAAGGUAUUAGGAAGAUGGCAGUCUUAGAUGAGUGGUUUUCCUUUUUAGAUUAGUUUUUUUUUCAUUUUUUUUUUUUAACUUCAUUCUGUGUAAAUUUUAUCCUUUGAGUAAUCGUUUCUCCAUUUAUCUAUACAAUGGUAAUUUAGAAUAUAUUACUCUUUGAUCUUAUCUUGGACUGGCACCC